GCUGAGCACGGCUCUGCCUGCCAAGGAAUGAUCCACCCACCCUACACCAGCACAGCCUCAUCCAGCAGCCCAGCCAUGACCCAGAGCAACCAGAGCUGCUCCCGCCAGGACAUCACCUUCAAGAGCAGCCUCUAUGCCACCACCUACACCCUCAUCUUCAUCCCGGGGCUCCUGGCCAACGGCGCUGCCCUGUGGGUCCUGUGCAGGUUCCUCAGCAGGAAGAGCAAAGCCGUCAUCUUCAUGAUCAACCUGGCCGUGGCUGACCUGGCCCACGUCCUCUCGCUGCCCCUGCGCAUCUACUACUACAUCAACCACACCUGGCCCUUUGGGGAUGUCCUGUGCUUGCUGUGCUUCUACCUGAAGUACCUCAACAUGUACGCCAGCAUCUGCUUCCUCACCUGCAUCAGCAUCCAGCGCUACUUCUUCCUGUACCACCCCUUCCGAGCCAAGGGCUGGAAGCGCCGCUAUGAUGUGGCCAUCAGCACCCUGGUGUGGCUCGUGGUGGGGGCUGCCUGCGUGCCCUUCCCCAUCAUGAGGAGCCACGGGCUGGGUGCCAACACCACCAGCUGCUUUGCAGACCUGGGUGUGAAGCCGAUCGACAGCAAGGUGGGCACGGUGCUGAUGACGGGCACCGCCGAGCUCCUGGGGUUCGUGGGGCCGCUGGUCAUCAUCUUGUUCUGCACCUGGAAGACAAGAGACUCCAUCCGGGGCUUCCACAUCCCACAGGAGAGCAGUGGGGAGAGGAGGAAGGCCAUCAAGAUGGUUUCCAUGUGUGCCAUUGUGUUCUGUGUGUGUUUUGCUCCCUACCACAUCAACUUUUUCUUCUACAUGUUGGUGAAGGAGAAUGUCAUCACCGACUGCUUCCUGAGCACCAUCACGCUCUACACCCAGCCCUUCUGCCUGAGCCUCGCCAGCUUCGACUGCUGCUUGGAUCCCAUCAUCUAUUUCUUCAUGACUUCUGAGUUCCAGGAAGAGAUUUCCAGGCACAGCAGCAUGGCCAUCCGGAGCCGGCUCAUGAGCAAGGAGAGCGCCUCGUCGAUGAAGGAAUGACAAGAAAAAAACAAGGGAAAACCAAGGUACCUCAUAUGAAAUCUGAGACUGGUCUAAGAUACUCCAUUACUGUUGUGGAAGAUCCUGCAGGUUUAUCCACAGGAGUUUUGGGACAGAGGAAUUUUUUCAGUAUAUAGAAGAUAAAUCCUAAGACUGGUGUGUUGGAAUCUGGUGAGUGGCCCACUUGGUGUGACUGUCCCCACCCUGUGCCAUCCCCACCUGACCUCUCUGGACUAGACAAUACACAGGAGGGAGUGAAAAACUUUUACUGGGAAAUGGUGGAAAAGUCCCAGGUUUUUCUUCUGCUUCCCAGUUACAGGCUCUAUGACCAAGCCAGAGACAAUCCCACAUUCACACACUGACAUCUGCUGAAGGAUCUGCUCUGGGAACACCACACAAGAACCUAAAACUGGCCAGUAGCAACCGAAGGACACUGUGGUUUGUGCAGUGGGGCUGUGGACAGGUGGAGGAGUGCAGGUGGUUUCCAUGUGCUCCUGGGUUUGGUGCAUCCCACUGGUCACCAGUGACCUCUGCUCCCCCUUUCUGCCCUCACCCUCCUGCUCUGCUCCUCCUUUCCCUCCUCACCCAGCUCUGUUUGCUCCCUAAUUGCUGACGCAUCCCAGAAUUUGCACCUGCAGCUGGUGCAAGACCCUCUGCAAGACAAAUUCUCCUCAAACAUCCAGAGAGUGGCACCUUCCCUUGCUCCAGGUGACUUUCUUCCCCUCUAAGCUGUCAAGGGGGACGUGGGCAGGUGACUUUUGCCUUUGGACCCCUUGGGGCACCCCAUGGUGGCCCUGGGGUCAGUGCAGGUGGGUUUGAUGGCGCUGGUGGUACCACUCAGGUUCUCACUCCCUUCUGUGUGUGGUCCAGAGAUGAAUCUGCCCCAAAAAAGCUCAGCUCAACCUGUUCAGUUGAUGCUUCUUUUAAAAAAGAGAGGAGUCCUUGCCAGGGUGAUUUCACUGAUAGACCAGAAGUUAAGUUCACAGAUUGCUGUGAUUUUUUUCCACCAGGUCCUUGCAUGAUCCUAAUGUUUACAAUUUUUGGUAGCUAUGCAAAGCAGCGACAAGGAAGAAUUAAUUUACCCCCUUAUUUUUAAUUAGUUACAGCUCUUCAGCUGAGUCCACCCACUCUGUAACUUCAAGGAUAUCUCAUGAUACCUGGGGAUGGAUUUGGCUGAACAGCCACCAAUUUACUGCUCUUGGAAAUCAGUAUAUUUUCAAAAGAAUGUGAACAAUUUGUACAGUCUUGCAACAGUUGCUACAAAACCAAAAGAAAUAUCAGAAACACUUGCCAUGUGUGUUUUAACUCCAACCACUCAAUUCCACUGAGUUAAAAUGUAACUCAGCCAAACAUUCCCUGCAUAUUGU